UUCUUACAAAAACCAUCAUAUCCGCACCGGCACAUAUUUGAGCUCUAAUCCUUCAAAUAAUACUAAUAUUUCCAUUCUAUUGACGCUAAAGAAUUAUAUUAAUGCACUAAUCAACUCAGGGCUAGAAGACCAAUAUUGCAAGUUUGCAGCUCUUCCGAUAUACUUCCAAUGAGUCUCUCUUCCACCAUCAACAUGAGUCACUUUUUCAAGGACUCAAGAUUGGGUGGAUGGUUCUUUAAUGGUUCUAAUCAAGCUCACUUUUCAUGCACUACGACCAGUGGCGUAGCCAAAAUUUUUCCUAAGACAUUGAAGAUGUCUAAGAGGUUGUGCCAGCUUUCUGGGGAUCAUGAUCGUCAAGUUUCUGAGCCAUGGGCAUCCGUGGAGGGUAUGAUCAAAUGUGAUGCAAAUUAUGUUCCAUUGACACCCAUUAGUUUCUUGGAGAGAGCAGCUAAUGUUUUUAGUGAUAGAACUUCAGUUAUCUAUGGUUCCUCUGUGACGUACACUUGGGAAGAGACCUAUGCUAGGUGUAUAAAGCUUGCUUCUGCUUUGGUUCAGUUGGGGAUUUCUCGUGGUGAUGUGGUUGCAACACUAGCCCCUAAUGUUCCAGCAAUGCAAGAGCUGCAUUUUGCAGUACCAAUGGCUGGAGCAAUUCUUUGUACAUUAAACACACGACUUGAUUCAGCUAUGAUAUCAACACUGCUAAUUCAUUCAGAAGCAAAAGUCAUAUUUGUGGAUCAACAGUUGCUCCAACUUGCUCAAGGAGCAAUAUCUCUUCUUGCUAUCAAGAAAACACAACCACCUCUUCUUGUUGUAAUCUCUGAAAAAUCUAAGAAUAUUGACAACUCUAACACUUAUGAAUAUGAAAGUCUCCUCAAAAGUGGCCAUAGUGAUUUUUCUAUAAGGUGGCCAAUAAGUGAAUUUGACCCUAUUAGCAUUAACUAUACUUCUGGAACAACAUCAGGUCCUAAAGGAGUUGUUUACAGUCAUAGAGGUGCAUAUCUCAAUUCUAUUGCCACAUUUUUGCUUCAUGAGAUGAGUUCAUUACCUAUUUAUCUUUGGACUGUUCCAACAUUUCACUGCAACGGAUGGUGCCUCAUUUGGGGUCUAGCAGCAUUUGGUGGCACUAAUGUUUGUCUAAGACAUGUAUCUGCAAAAGAAAUAUUUGAAAGUAUUUCAUUGUACAAUGUGACAUAUAUGGGAGGGGCACCUACUGUCUUGAACAUGAUAGUGAAUUCGUCGCCGCGUGACCGGAAGCCACUUCCACACAAGGUUAAGAUUAUGACAGGGGGUUCACCACCACCUCCACAAAUCCUUUCCAGAAUGGAGGAGUUGGGAUUUGGAGUAAAUCACUUAUAUGGACUAACAGAGACAUAUGGUCCAGGUAUAUAUUGCUUGUGGAAGCCUGAGUGGGAUUCUUUGCCUCCAGAUGAAAGAUUUACGCUGAAAGCAAGACAAGGAGUGCAACAUCUUUGUUUAGAGGAAGUUGAUGUAAGAGAUUCUGCCACCAUGGAGAAGGUGCCCGCGGAUGGUGUAACAAUGGGAGAAGUUAUGUUUAGAGCAAAUACAGUAAUGAGUGGUUAUUGGAAAGAUGUCAAAGCAACAGAAGAAGCUUUUAGAGGUGGACGGUUUCAUAGUGGUGAUCUUGCUGUUAAACAUCCUGAUGGUUAUAUAGACAUUAAGGAUCGGUUAAAAGACAUCAUAAUCUCUGGUGGAGAAAAUAUAAGCACAGUUGAGGUGGAAAGAGCUCUGUAUAGACAUCCAGCAGUGUUUGAAGCAGCAGUAGUCGCACGACCAGAUAACCACUGGGGACAGACACCUUGUGCAUUUGUGAAGUUGAAGGAGGGAUUUGAUGUUAGUGAUAAAGAAAUUAUCAACUUCUGCAGGGAUAAUUUGCCUCAUUACAUGGCACCCCGGACAGUAAUAUUUCAAGAUCUCCCCAAAACAACAACUGGAAAGAUACAGAAAUUUAUCCUAAAGGAGAAAGCAAAAGCCUUGGGCAGUCUUUUCUGAACGAAAUGAAGUGGCAGGACAGGAUUGACUUUAUGAAGUCAUCUGUGUGGAUCAUUCUUUCAUGCCAAUCAGUUCAAUAUUGGACAUUGCUGGUAAUAACACACAUUUGCACUUUAAGUUAUGUUCCAUCAAGAGAAAUGAUCUGUACCGUAAAUUGGGAUACACUGUAAUAAGACAGGUUAACUAUACUAAUAGUGAAAACGUAAUUAGACUA